CUUGAGCCGCAGCUACGCAGUCUCGUCCUCGGGGAAGUUUUAGUGUUUACAAACGGACCAAGAGGACAGCGUUCAUCCUCCUGCCACUCAUAUACCAUGUCCGAGGAAGCUAAGAAGGAGGAGAAGCCAACAGAACACAUCAACCUUAAAGUAGUUGGUCAGGAUGGCCAGGUUGUGCACUUUAAGAUCAAGAAACAUACGUCUCUCAAAAAGCUCAUCAAUGCCUACUGUGAGAGAUCAAAACUUGUUCAGACUACUGUAAGAUUUAGAUUUGACGGUCAACCAAUAUCAGAGAAUGACACCCCACAAGGCCUGGAGAUGGAGGAUGGUGACACAAUUGAGGUGUUUCAGCAGCAAACUGGUGGCUCUUACCACCAUCACCUUCUACAGUUGUGACCCUCCUAUUUGAAUCUUUCCUUACCUGAAAUAUUUGCCCUCAAGCCUAGGCCGGUACUGUCCUGUGGGGAAAAGUAGCCAGUGGUAUUUUUGUCAUGAAUGAUGAAGCUCAAGUAAGAUAUUUUAUUGUCUGUUGUAUGUUUACCCUUUCUCAGAAAUCUUUACUAAGUAAAAUGAACUUGAUUUUUGCAAUAUUAUACUCAGAAGUACCAACCUUCCUGUGGAAGCCACAUUGAGAUUUGUAGUAUCAGAUUUAUUUAGAGGCAAAUAGAUUUGCCAUUGACUACCGUUCUCAGUGCUGGGUUCAAGAUGGUUGAGGGUUAUUUUGUGAUGUAUUGGUAAUGAAUUUUUUUUUAUGCUAACUUUUUUAACAGAGGAGAUGGCAUUAGAAGCCUUUUGGUUACACAACUUUGAGAGCUUAUUGCAGUAAUAUGACUCUCAGGUUUCUUAACAUUUAUCUUUUUGUUAAUAAAGCCACAGACUGCUGUUAACUGGUGAAUGAAAUGGCUUCCUUCAUGUACUAUUACUGACCAAGUAUUUUUGGUCUCUUCUGACUAGCCAGAAUGUUGGUUCGUGAAAUACAAGUCAGAAUAGAGUAAGUUUUUCUUUUUGUAAUAUAGUUUACUACAAAUUAUUUGUGAAUACAAUAGAAUUUGCUAUAUCGGACUAAUCGGGGGAGGCUAGUCCAAUGAAACCAUUUUUCUGAUAAAUCCAUUACUUGUACUGAACCUUUUACUGGACAUAUCAGACACAGUCUAAAAUAUGAGAUGAUAGCCUUAAACCAGCCAAUACCAGACCUACACAGGAUAUAAAUCCUGACUCCAGCUAACUGAAGUUUUAGUUACUGUUUCUGUUGUUACUUCAUGUACUACUGUUACAAACAGGGUUGAUUCAAUUUGAUUUUCCCCCAAAAAUAAAAGAACUUUGUUCAAAGUAAUUCUUGAUGUUUUACAUCACUUCAGGCUUCUUUUUUUUUUAAAUCUAAAAAAAAUAAUAAUUUAAAGUAUGUCUUGGCAUAACAUCAUUUCUGUUUUGUUUUUCAUUUGUAAAUUUUAAAUUUCCAUGUGUACCUCUUCUCUUAAACUAUGCACAACCCACAUCACUGACCAACUGAUAGGGGAUUGCCCAUUUGUCUGUGUCAGACUGCCAUUACCACAACACCUCCAUGGAUAUGAAAAAAAAGCACAGGAUAGAAAUUACCAGAAACAGAAGUCACUCGUUUAAUACAAAGGAUAAGUCCCAGAUAUGAUGCCUUGGGAAAAGUUACUUGAGUAAAUUACUGUUACUUUGAUAAUACAGUAACUUAAGCAAGUAGAAGUAGAAGUACAGUAAAAGUAAAACAAAAAACUAACUAAUAAAGUACUCAAGUCCUCUGAGUAAAAAUACUAAUGCAACAACUUUUGUUUUAAGAAUUAAGACAGUACAGUGCAAUUUCCUUUUAUCCGAACUCAUCGGGACCAAUGAUGGUUCGGAUACCUGGAUGUGCCUACAGGAUCAUGCAAUAAUUAAUGUUAGGUAAAAAUUCAGUUCAGCAAUAGCUUGACUCACUGGGUAGGGGAAAACUGGGGAUGAAGUGGCCUGUGAGACGGCAUGUUGCCAUUCUUACAUGUAAUGAAACUAUUAAAGUGGUGGAAUAGUCAUUACAAUACUGUACUCUAAUGUUGCUUAGAAAUAAAGAAAAUAUAAUAUAAAACUAUAAAAUGAGAAAAAUGAGUUUGGGUGUGUAUGUGUGUGAAGUGAACAAAUGUGUUACACUGGGCUCCCACUGCGUCGCCGACUUGCCAGCCACUCACCCGUCCCACACUCUCUCUCCUCAAUGUGGCGGCAUACACACACAAACACACACAUUUCGGAGUCAGUUCAAAAAUAUCAUACAAGCUCGGUAACGAAGUCAAUUUACUUAUACAGUAGGCCACCUCUGACAAUAGUAUACUGUACUUUAUAGUAAUAUGCCAUUUUGUUAUUUACUAUGAGACAAAGUCCAGGGGUAUGAAUGCCAACAUGUAGAAACCAGUAUGGAUGGUGAUCGGACUAGCAUCAGACAUGUCGGAUUCAUUAAGAUAUACAGCAGGGGCGGAUCCAAGAAUAUCAAGGGGGGGGGGUCCAAGAAGUUGUGGGUGAGAGAACAUGGCAAACACAGUGAGCCCACCCAGCUGACCAAUAUCAUGGGCAUUUUGAGGCCAUGUGCACUUGAUAUUAGAUAUUCUGUGGUCAAUAGAAAUGUCGGAGUACAAUACUGCAUUUUUUUAUGAAAAGGGGGGGGGGGGUCCAGGCCCCCUUGGAUCUGUUCCUAUACAGCAUCUCAGUCUGAUGGGUAAUAAAGUCAUUUUCCAAUAUAUUGAGUGUCCGAUAUAGAGAGGUUCUACUGUAUAUUUUCUUCACUUGUCAUCUUUGAUUUUUAUUCAUUUUAACAUUGGUUCUCCGAGAUAUAUUUUGAAACUAUUAGGAAUGAGACGAGUAAAAGGAUUUAUGCAACAGAUGAGCUUGAAGAAGACUCACUUGGUUGUAAUACUUUAUUGUUUUCAUGUAAUAUAGUUACCCACACAUGCUCUGCAUUUUUGCUGCAGAGGGUCUCUAUUGUAUGGCACCAGUUCUGGCUUCACAGUCCAUAUAACUGUUAAAAGCCUACUUUGUAUCAUGUAUGACUUAAAACAUUUGUCAACAAUACAGAGAAAUAUUUUUCUUUUAUUAGGUAGCUUCUGAGUACAGUAGUUUAAAUUGAGUCUAUAUUAAUUUGUUAAUGGUUAGUGGUGCAUGCCCUCACAUUAAUUAUUCAAGAACAUUAACACAUUUAAUUUGGCUAAACGCUAUUGUGGAUUGGGAUGAAGUACAUGAAUAUAUGUAUAUUAUUUAUGAAAUGUACCUGAAAAGAUGCCCUAAGCUUUUGUUCCUUCCUGGAAAUACAGUAUUGGGAUGGUUUAACCCUUUCAUGAGUGAGUUAAUACAUCAAGGUUUUAUCCACUCAUGAGUUUAAGAAAAACAGACAUUUUAAUAUGAGAAAAUAUCAGAGAAAGAAAUUAAUACUCGGAAUCAGUUUAGCACCCAGAACUUUGUAUAGAUCGUAGGAAUUCUGAGGAUGAAUCAUGACAGAGGAUUUGAGUGGAGUGAUAGGUUGCAAAAUGAGAAUUUAUUUUCUAUAGGUAGUUUAAUAUUUUAUUCUGUAGUUUCUACAGGUAAUCUCUUAUUUUCAUCUUUUGAAUUAUUGUAAUCAUCAUUUGUUUUCACUUGUAGCUAAUAACAAUGCAACCUCCAUGGCGAGUGAACCUACAUGUGACCUUGAACAUCGACAAAGUUGAAUACUACUAAACUGAACUGAGGGUGGUAAGAUAAAUUUUGUAGGCACACACAUAUGUCUUACAGCCCUAUGGCUUUUACAGAAUACUGUACACAGCUAUCAAAUCCAUAAAUUAAUUAUGGUGGAACAGGGACAGUAGAUCUACUUGCCAACUUAUAUUUCUUGGUCUUCAAGGUACAUUACAUGAUCUACACACUGCCUCAUGAAAGGGUUGAAGAAGCUAAAUCUAAGUCAUGGAAGGUUAAUACUAUUCUGGACCAUGAAACAUUAACAACAUUGUCCAAUUAUACAUUUUAGAUUUGCCUGUGAGAUUGAUUUGAUAUUUCUUUUUUGUCUGAAUACAUUACAGUAUUUGAUUUUUGCAUAAAGUGCAUUACAAUGCCCCAUGCAAAGAUGAAUAUUGUAUCAUGAAAGUGUUUAUAAAAAUACAGAUUUCUUAGAAAUACAUAGAAUUAUCAUUAUCUACCUAUUCAUUUUACAAACAAAUAUGUAUUUCUGCAAUGGUUAUACAUUUUUAUAUUUCCUAAUCUGUUACAGCACUGCAUGCUAAAAUUCUGUAUCCUGUCAUACAUACCUUGAAUAAUUGUUUUUACUGGUAAUGGAAGUUUGAAUCAUACUUAUUUUGUCAAGACUUCAUGUCAUCCUUACAUUGUAAAUGUCAUAAUGUUCAUUUUAAAAAGUUUUUCCCUAGGAAGUAUUUCUAGAUAUUGAUACUCAUGUUUUGAUACAACAAUUUUCAAGUAAAUUUUUUUUUGUGUUGAUUUAAUGUAAGACUUAAAUAAAGCUAAUUCAUAUACAUGAAA